AUGCCUCUGAAUGUGAUCUCCGUCAUCUACGUGCACUCCAUUGACCCCAUGCAGAAGCGGCGCUUCGUGUCGUUUGUGUCCAAGGUGAAGGACGUGGACAUCUGUGUGGAGACGGUGGGGAAGGACGGCGACGUGAUGCUGAAGCACGUGCAUACCGUCCUCUGCACGAACAGCUCCGAGAACACGUUACCCAUCAGGAGCGUCGGGGCUAAGGAGGGGUCAAUGUUGCGCUUGCAGCCCAAGGGUAGUUAUCGCAUGCUAGCUGUUUAA